GGAUGCGAAUUAAAUUAAUGCGGAACAGUGCAAAACGCCAUUAGGGCUGUCCAUCAAAGGGGAACCAUUUGACAUAUAAAACUGAGGCCGAACCGCUGGAAAGCUGUCAUCAUGCUGAGAACUGGCUUCGUGAUUUGUGUGAUUAUAUCACUGCUCUUGAAUGGACUGGUGGCUGUCCGAGUUCACUGCCGGCACAUGGAGCGUAUUCACGAGGAGAACAUCCACCACUGCUGCAAACAUCAGGAUGGCCGCGACGAAGUCACGGAAACUUGCGCCAAGCAGACCAACUUCCAUUUGCCCAGUCCCACCGAGGAGGCCAUCGUGGAUGUGACCGUGGACCAGGCGAUGGUCGGCACCUGCUGGGCCAAGUGCGUCUUCGAUCACUACAAUCUUAUGGAGAACAACACCCUGGAUAUGGUCAAGGUGCGCUCGUACUACAAGCGGUACCAUCAAACAGAUCCGGAGUAUGCGACUGAAAUGCUGAAUGCCUACGAAAAAUGCCACACACAAUCUGAAGAGGCCACCGAAAAGUUCCUUUCACUUCCAAUUGUUAGGGCCUUCUCCACCGCCAAGUUCUGUAAGCCGACCUCGAGUAUCAUUAUGUCCUGCGUCAUCUACAACUUCUUCCACAAUUGUCCAGCGAGUCGCUGGUCAAAUACCACCGAGUGCGUGGAAACCUUGGCCUUCGCUAGGAAGUGCAAGGAUGUGCUGACUACUAUGUAAGCACUUUCAAGUCCUGCCCCCAGGAAAUACAUUUUAAUUGGAGAAACGAAAUGAUUUCAAUGAUUAAAGAAAAACAAUAGCUCUCAA